UGUCCUUUUCAGGAUGGGUGUGUUUAAGGUUGCAUUUUUCAUGCGUUAGAGAGAGUUCUCGGAAGGUCUUAUAUCAUUCUUAACAGGCUUCUUCCUAAACUUGCAAAUCAUCAUCAUCAGAUUUACCAUUUCCAUCAAAUAUUUCAUCAUUAUGAAAUUUUGGAUCUUUACCUGCUUUAUAUUUAAUUAUCCAAAUUGUUACUGGACUCUUCUUUUUCGUCCCCACUGCAGGGGCUCAGGCCUUCCUUAUGAAUGAAGGAAGAUGUCCAUGACCCUCCACGUGGGCCCAAUACGAAUUGGAGGGUAUUAACGACUAUAAAUGCAGCUGGAAGCAACGGCUUAACGUGCGUUUCGAAGCAUGGAGUAACUCGAGAUAAUCAUUUUCUGGUCAUCCAUUCCGUGACCGACCCUUGCAAAAGAUGCUUAACGACAACUAUCGCAGCGACGCUUAUCCAAUACGCCACCGAGCUACACGUGGAUAUACGUGUAUCUAUAUUAUUACAUUAAUUUCAAACUCUUUUAAUUUUUUCGUCAACAAUAGUAAAUUGUGACUUUCCAAAAAGUAACAAAACGUUAACUUUUAUAUGCAAGAAAAAUUAAAUAGGUUACAAGAACCUUUUAUUGGACAUUAAAGGUGAAACAUGUUUGCAAUACCUACUGGUAAGGCCUGUGUGUAGAGCGAAGUACCUAAUGCCCUUAUUUUGAUUAGUUAUAAUUAGGAAAUAAUAGAAAUGUACUACAAUUAUAUCAUAUACCUAAGUGUAUAGUGUUCAUUGAUAUUAUUAAUAUAAUCAUAAUUUAGUUCUGAAUACAUCUCUGAACAACUGAAACAUAUCGUUUGUUUACAAGCGAGACAAGAUUCAUCGUACGCAUUGCUCCACAUAAGCGCACUACCAAUUCUAAUCAUUCAUAGGUCAGUCGUGGUUAGGGAAACAUCCUCUUUAGUCGUAAGUAUUUAUUAAAAAAUGUUCAAAGUUAUCAGAGAUGCGAGAGUGAGACGAAAGGCAGUGACAUAUUUGAACAAAGUACAGUAUAGGUUGAACUCUACGAAAGAAGUUGUAUCUUCAGCGGAAGUUGUUAUUGUCGGCGGUGGGAUUGCGGGAUCGAACACAUUAUAUCAAUUAACAAAAAGAGGAAUCAACGCAGUUCUUUUGGAAAGGGCGAAAAUAACAAGCGGUACAACAUGGCACACUGCAGGUUUAGUUUGGUCUUUGAGGCCAUGCGACUUAGAAGUAAAUCUGCUGAAAGAUUCAAGGAGAAUUUAUAGCGAGUUAGAGAAGGAAUGCGAAGAUUACGCCGGUUGGAUUAAUAAUGGAGGCAUGUUCAUAUCACGCAGUAAGGUGCGAACACAAGAAUACAUGAGACUACACACCUUAGGUAAAGCCAUGGGUAUUCCAAGCGAAGUACUGAGUCCUGAAGACGCCCAGAAGAAGUUUUCACUCUUGGAUCCGUCUGUAUUCAAAAUGGCGUUAUAUUGCCCAGAAGACGGAACAAUAGACCCUGCUAUGGCUUGCAAUGCUCUUCUGAAGGUGGCUACUAAAAAUGGGGGCAAAGUAUAUGAAGAAACACCAGUCCUGGAUAUCCAUUACACUCAUAAUAUUCUUGGAAAUAAAGAAGUGACGGGGGUCCAUACAGACAAAGGAUUCAUCCGAACUAAAUGUGUGGUCAAUUGUGGAGGAGCAUGGGGUCCAAGAGUGGCUCGGUUCGCUGGCGUCCCUUCCCUUCCUCUAAUUCCGUUUAAGCACGCUUACGUUGUGGCGGAUGCAAUCCCAGAGAUACGGGGCGCGCCUAAUAUAAGGGAUCAUGACGUCAAUCUUUACUUGAAGAUUCAAGGCGAAUCAUGCAACAUUGGAGGCUAUGAAGGCAAUCCUAUCAUUUUAGAUCAGGUGCCGGACAACCUACAGUUUCAUUUGUAUGAGCUAGAUUGGGACGUGUUUGGAGUACACAUGACUAGUGCGACUACACUAUGUCCAAAAUUGGGGAAAAUCGGCAUCAAGAGUACGGUAUGCGGCCCGGAAUCAUUCACGCCGGAUCACAAGCCGUUGCUCGGCGAAGACCCUAAUGUUUUUGGUCUUUACCACAACUGCGGCUAUAACUCCGCUGGCAUGAUGUUCUCAGCUGGUUGUGCGAUACAGAUGGCUGACUGGAUCCUUACUGGAAGGCCAAGUUACAACAUGUUCACAUUCGAUAUCCGCCGUUUCACGCCCGGGCAGAUGGCUCGUCCUCAUUGGAUACGCGAAAGUAGUCACGAAGCGUACGUAAAGAAUUACUGUGUGGUAUUCCCUCACGAUGAACCGUUGGCCGGUCGCGAUGCCAGCCACGAUGCUUUACAUCAAGAAUUAGUAGACGAUGGCGCUGUGAUGCAAGCUAGAGCGGGAUGGGAGAGACCAGCGUUCUUCAUGCCCGGGGAGAAGAUCCGUGUCCAGCAAUAUGAUUGGGGCGGCACACAUGAUUAUCCACGGAACCUGGACCAACGCUAUGAAGAAGUAUUAAAGGGAGAUCACACAUUCGACUUCUCCAAGCAUCAUCACCUUAUUGGCCAAGAAGCUCUAUCGUGUAGAAACGCAGCGGCAUUAUUCAACAUGUCUUACUAUGGCAAGUUUUAUUUGACCGGUCCGGAUGCGCAAAGAACUGCUGAGCUUGCAUUCACAGCUGAUUUAGCGAGGACCGAUGAUAGGGUUGUAUAUUCUCUCCUUUUAAAUGAUAAAGGAGGUGUUGAAGCGGACGUUACAGUCAGUAUUUUAGACGGUGGCAGCGGACAGCCACAUGAGCCAAUUUUUAAGGGGCGCGGAUACUACGUGGUUACUAGUGGUUUCAACGCUAACCAUACGUUGGCUCAUUUGAGACGUAUUAUUCAGACGUAUAAGCUGCGAGCGACCCUUACUGACGUCACAAAGCAACUCUGCAUUCUUAGUGUACAAGGACCUGAUAGUCAACGUAUCCUCCAGCGUUUCACAUCUGCCGGCCUCUCGAACGACGCUUUCCCACUAUACACGCAUAAAAGUAUCCGUGUAUCGAAAGGUCCUUAUGCCCCAGACAAUAAGACUUACACUUGUCGAGCACUACGAGUGGGCUGGUCAGGGGAAUUGGGCUGGGAAUUGCACGUACCCUCGUCUCAUGCUAUUCAAGUAUACAAAGCUUUGAGUCAUGCAAAAGGAUUAAGGAAUGCAGGGUGGAGAGCGCUUACUUCACUUAGCGCUGAAAAAGGUUAUCAUCUCUGGAAUGCUGACUUGAGGAGUGACGAUAAUCCGAUUGAAGCCAAUUUAGGAUUCGCCUGUCGUAAAGACGGCCAAUAUAUUGGCAAUGAACAUGUCGCCAAAGCGAAAACAAAUGGGGUCACGAAAAAAUAUGCAUUCUUCACGCUCGAAGAAAAGGUGUCUAAAAUUCUUAGUUUUAACAUUAAAAGAGUAUCUAAUUAUUCGAUUUCUAAAUAUGUCCUCUUACUCUUGAACGCAAUCGCGACUGAUUGAGACGUUCCGAUUGUGCCGCUUCGCACUCUUGAGUGG